AUGGCAGAAUACAAACUAACUUACGAAUCAGAAUUGGAUGCCUUCCACCCCUCCUUCCGCUAUGAAACCCGCGACCCAAGAGAAGACUGGAAAACAUCCGCUCUCCGCGGCCCAGCUCUGCCAGUUCUCGGAAACGCAGUCGCCGGUGCGGUCGGCUCGGCGAUAUCAAACGUCAUCGUCUACCCACUUAACGUGAUCGUCGCCCGCCUCCAGACCCAAGCGAAGAAGGACAAAUCAGAAAACGGCUCUGAUGAUGAACCAGAGUACAAGGAUAUCCUAGAUGCAGCUCGGAAGAUUUAUGAACAGCAGGGCUGGGCUGGGUUCUACCCUGGUCUGGCGCAGGAUACAUGGAAGUCGGUCGCAGAUUCAUUCCUCUUCUUCCUCGCAUACAAUACCGUUCGACAACGGAGAAUCAUUGCUCGAGUCGGACCUGCCAAGGCAGCGAAAAGCAAGAAUAUUGUACUGCCUAUUUGGGAUGAGCUUGCGGUUGGUAUGGUUGCUGGGGCGUUCUCAAAGUUGUUCACGGCACCUUUGUCGAAUAUCGUCACCCGAAAACAAACUGCAGCGCGAAAGGGCGGGGAGGAUGGUAAGGAACUAUCGACAGCGGAAAUUGCAGCUCAGAUUCGUGCUGAGAAGGGAAUCGCCGGCUUUUGGUCGGGGUACUCGGCAUCCUUGGUUCUCACACUCAACCCAUCGAUCACUUUCUUCCUCAAUGAGGUGCUGAAAUACGCGCUCCUUCCACGCGAGAAGCGCCAGCGGCCUUCGGCUGCUGUGACAUUCCUACUAGCGGCUUUGAGCAAAUCAACCGCUUCGUCAAUCACAUACCCAUUCUCUCUAGCGAAGACCAGGGCGCAGGCACUCAAGAGCACUCAGAAGCCGGUCACCCAGGGCUCUGGUUCAAACGCUGUUUUGGCCACGCUUACGCCGAAGAUUUUCUCGACUGUAGCAACGAUCUACCAGACGGAGGGUAUCUCUGCUCUGUAUGCCGGUUUGCCGGGAGAAGUCUUGAAGGGAUUCUUCUCCCACGGAUUCACCAUGUUGGCCAAAGAUGCCGUAUACGCAUCCAUCGUCAGGUUCUACUAUAUCCUUCUCAUCCUUGCGCGCCGCUAUCCCUCCCCCGAGGAGCUUCUAGCACGAGCCCGAGAACAAGCCGAAGAAUACAGUGAGAUUGCGCGAGAGGGAGCCCGUGAAUUAGCCGAGCGGACGCGCGAAGGUGCCGAAGAGGCGCUGAAGAAUCAUUCUGGUAGCGUCACCGUUGAUAUGACUUCCAAUGUGGCUGCGGCAACGACUGCUGCGAAGAUUGGAAGUAUAGCCCACGGUGUCGAUGCUUCUACUGGGUUUAAGGUUCCAGGUGUUUCCUAUGAGAUCAAUGAGACUGCUGAAUUGGUCGGGGAUUAUGUUGAGGAUGAGGCUGAGGAGUGGAAGACAUUCUACCACUGGUUUUGGGAUAAGGAUCGGGGUAUGAAAGGCUAA